GACAAUAUGGCAGCGCCCUUAGCGAUUCACCUGGAGUUUGGUGGCGGAGCAGAGCUGCUUUUUAAUGGUGUGAAGGAACAUCAUGUGACUCUUCCAAGCCAAUCUCAGCCCUGGGGCAUGAAGCAGCUGCUGGUCUGGAUCCAACGGAACCUGCUGAAGGAACGGCCCGAGCUCUUUGUCCAGGGAGACUCUGUGAGACCUGGGAUUCUGGUGCUUAUCAAUGACGCAGACUGGGAGCUAAUGGGAGAGCUGGACUACCAACUGCAAGACCAAGACAACGUUGUGUUCAUCUCUACUCUUCAUGGAGGAUAGAAAAUGAGUUGAAGAACACAAACAUAUCCCUGACAUCUCUGUAACAGCCUUUUUCUGCACAUCCUCCCCACUCCUCACUCUUUCUCCCCCCAACAUCUCAACAACACAUCGCCCCAUUGGACGCUGCAGACAUGUCAGCCUGCACCAUCACAUACGAGGUGAUUGAUGUUGGCCCGUAGGAAUGAGUAGAAUUUCAGAGAUGGUUACCAAGAAAAAAUGUGGACAGAAAUUGUUUCGACGUUUGCAUGAACACCUAUGGAUAUAUAUAUACUUUUUUUUUAUAAAUCAAGCUGGACAGGUUUAAAGGGCAGUCACAUGAAGCCGUGGUUGUACUGGUCAACUCACAGAAGAGUCCUACAGUCGGCGUGCAGACCUUCACCUCCCUGCAGCCUCCCCUCCAGCAUGACUGAAAGACGAAAUGACCUUCUCUCGGGGUCUACAAUGACCUUUAGUACAUGAGAGUAUGAAAGAAAAGGCAACACUUUGCUUAAACCCUCCUGAUUAACAUUUCUAAGCAAAUAUAUCAACAUUUAAUAAUUUGUUCAUAACACACUAUGGUGUAGUUGUGAGCAGAUAUACAACAUGUGAAGUGUUUAAUCAUGUAUUAGUCAAAAAUUAGAACUUCUCCUGUAAAGGCGUAUUUUUUGUGAUUACAGCGAAGUUCUUCUACUCUUAUUUAUUAUCUGUUUGUAUACCAGCUGAUGAAUAAUUCAAAAUGUCCUUACACCUGCCUAGAACCACAUUGUAUUGUGUUAUAAGCCAUUUAUUAAGUGUUAGUAAUGUGCUUAGAAAUGCCAGGGGCUCAGAAUAAGGUGUUGCCUAAGAAAUGUUUUUUUCUAAUGUGUUUUUAUUCUUUUUAGUGCUUCUGACAUUUUUCCUCACUACAUGAAAAAAAUAAAACUUUUUUUUACAAAAUAAGUACCUGAAUCUUUGUUAAAUCAUAAUUUUCAUAAUUUUAUAUUUAAAAAAUCUAUGUAUUAUAGCAAUGCAUAUUUUGGGCUUUUUUUCUGUGGGAAUAUUCUCAGUUAUAAACAGGUGAAAUAACAAAUUAAAUAUAUAUAUAUUGAUUUAAACUGCAAUUUUUAUACACUAAUUUA